AUGGUUCAAGCGCUCACACCUGGUUCAGAUGCUCCCAGGUACCACCUGGUACCUGUAAAGGCGAGGAACCUAUGGGGGUGUGGGGGGGCCCGCCUCUCCCGGAUUCCCGGAGCUGAGCGGGAGGUGAGGGCCAGACCCUGCGGGUCUAAGGUGCGGUGGGCCUGGGACGAAAGGCCCACCCAGUCCAAUGCCUUGGGAGGCCACUGGAGCCAGGCCUGGAGACGUUGCACCGAGAGGGGUCUGCAGAGCGCUUGGUCGGCCACGCUGAACACCGCGGCAGCCGACAACCGGGGCCACGCCCCUGCCGACUUGCCCGCGCUCCCACCCCGCUCCAGCAGGGGCCGCUGUGGCGCGCUCGAGGUCCAUCCCUGCGUCCCGGUCCUCCCUCCCCGCAAUCGCCUUCCAUCCGCCUUUCUCCGCGGCACUCCGCCCGCGGGGAGCGGCCCAGGGCCGGGGGGAGACCCCUCCGCGACCGCCGCCUCCUGCAUUGUAAGCCCCGCGCGCCCUGACCGCCUUGUGCGUCCCUUUCCCCGCCAGGGCCGCGUUCGCACCAAGACCGUCAAGAAGGCGGCCCGGGUCAUCAUCGAGAAGUACUACACGCGCCUGGGCAACGACUUCCACACCAACAAGCGCGUGUGCGAGGAGAUCGCCAUCAUCCCGAGCAAGAAGCUGCGCAACAAGAUCGCCGGCUAUGUCACGCACCUGAUGAAGCGCAUCCAGAGGGGGCCCGUGCGCGGCAUCUCCAUCAAGCUGCAGGAGGAGGAGCGGGAGCGGAGGGACAACUACGUGCCCGAGGUCUCGGCCCUGGACCAGGAGAUCAUUGAGGUGGAUCCUGACACUAAGGAGAUGCUGAAGCUCUUGGAUUUCGGCAGUCUGUCCAACUUGCAGGUCACCCAGCCCACAGUUGGGAUGAAUUUCAAAACGCCGCGUGGAGCUGUGUGAAUGUGGUUCCCUAUAAUU